AUGGCUGGAAAACUGGCAUUAGGUGAUGUGAUUUCUUGCUUUCUUGUGGUGAUGUUUAUACAUCUAUUAUCUUAUACAGAAGCAGCAAAAGAAGGUCCUUAUGAUUACUAUAUAUUUGCUGCCACAUGGCCUGUAACUCAUUGUAAUACACAAGAGAUGAUUGAUAAAAAAAUUGAUUGUCAUCUGCCAAUCCUCGCAAAUUUUACCAUCCAUGGUAUUUUUCUAAUGUAUGAGCCUUAUGACGUUAUUCCUUCUUAUCUUACCAAUAGUGGAUGUACUAAUGUCACACCGAUGAUGCCAGAUGAUAUUACGAGGGCGCGAUUAACUUCAAUUUUGGCUGAUAUGAUGACAUAUUGGCCAAACGCUGUGCAUUAUCGUGACGAAAAAGCAUGUGAAAGAUUCUGGAAGUAUGAGUGGAAGGAACAUGAAAUUGUUGUAAGUAAAUAUAUUGUAUAUUUUGAAAUAGGAAAAAUUUAUCCAGAUGGUAAAUGGUAUAAAGGAUCUGCCAUUAGAGAAGCAAUAAGUAAAGCCGUAGGAAAGCAGCCCACAAUUCAUUGCAAUAAAGAUACCAAAGGAAGGUUACAAUUGGACGAGAUUUGGUUAUGCUUCCAUAGAAAUGGCACUGCCAGGUCAUGCGAGAAGGAGUUUGAUAACUGUCCAAAAGUUGAGGAAAGAGGGAUAAAGUUUCCUACUGCUUUCGUAGAGGGUCGAAGAUAA